GAAGAUAACCCUCUCCAGACCUCAGGAGCACCCAUCACCCACCCAGAAGACCCAGACACAACAGGCCCAUGGAGAUGAUGAACCUGCUCCUAUUGUGGACCUUCCUGCUGGUAGCCACUGGCCCGCUAUUGGCACAUCCCAUCACAGACUCUGCAGAGAUGCCCUACCCAGGUCCUGUAUCUGUGGAGGAUGGAGGAGCAGGUAGUCCAGACGAGCUGUCUUUCUCUGAGCUGACGUAUCUUCCACAAGCUGGCCCUGGACUCAGAUACUCACCCCUACUGUCUGGAGAUCUCAGCAGAGAUGGUCUCAGUGCAGCUGGACUACUCGAAAGACAGAUGAAGAGAGAUAAGUGGCUGGAGAAACAGAGUCACCUCAACCCCUUCAGCCGCUUCUUUGGCAUCAGGAAGCAGUCCAGGAAAAGACGAGGUGCCUCAGAGUGCUUCUGGAAGUACUGUGUCUAACACAGUCAACCGUCCAUAGAGAAAUACAUUCACACCAUGAUGAAGAGAUGUGGCUUGUACUGAGACACAACCCCUCUCUUGCACACAACAAAGCAUAUGUACAUGCAUGCAUACUGUACAUUCACACACAGGAAAACACACACACAUAAGGACACUACACACAGACAGGGAUGGACUGAAUGGAUAUCCCACAGGUUGAUAUAUGUUACAGUAUGCAGACUAUUUUGUUUUUAUCCCUGUCCCACCUGUGUGUUUAAAAUGUUCACUGUUUGAUGUUACUGAGCAAACAUGACCUGCAUGAACAACUAAAUG